GCGGCUCUGGGACGGUUCAUCCCCCCGUGCCCCGUCCCGCUGGAGGACAGUCUGAACUCGGGAGGGGAAGCUACCACUGCGCCGCUGUUAAACUCCCAGGAUUUACACUCUGCCAUUUUGAGGAAAACCGGGUCGACGCCGUGACUCCAAGCGCACCCAGAGCGCGGAGUCAUGACCUAAACCGACAACUUGCUCCUGUUCGCUUAUAAUACUGAAGGACAAAAGGACACUGUAUAAAGGGGCUGUUUGACCUGUGGUGGAUCUGUCAGCAUGUGCUCAACAAACCACUCAAACUGGGUGACGUUUGAAGACGACAGUGCACCUUUCUCCUCACCUCAGAAGCCCCUGCAGACACAGAGCCUCCUCAAAGCUUCAGUACCACGUCCCAAUGGGCUCAAACUAAAACUUCCUCCUAUCAGAGACACUUCCUGGAGCUUUAACAACUCACUGGACUCUCCUCAGUCCAGCCUCAGCAGCAGCUCUUUUGCACCAUGUAUCACUCCCCUUUGCACUCCAGUGAGUGGGCUCCCAAGCGGCGCAUCCCCCUUUCACUCCAGCUCAUGGGAAAGCAAGGACUUAUUCUCCUCCAGCCCCUCCGCAGCCUCAGUUUCCUCUCCCAGCUCUGAGGCUCAAAGUUCAGAUGGACCAAACCCCUUCCCGUCUUUCCAGGGAAACUCAGGGCACUAUAACCCCUUUUGGCACGCGUCCAGGCACAGUGCGGACGUGGACAGCUCCUCCUCAGACUCGGACACAGACACUAAUGCUCUACCGCGCUUUUUUAUUCGGACCAAAGAUGGCAGUGAGCCCCCACGGGACCACCUCCAGAACUCUCUCUCCUACGUGUGCCACAAACUGGAAGGCCUGAAAGCAAAGGCAGACCAAGACGAGGAGAGAGGAGGCGGAGAAAGGCGGCUGAGCUGCAGAGAUGAAGUUGUAAGGGAUGGUUCAUCUCAGUUUGUCCCUCGAGGCUUGUUUCGGAGCCAGAGGAGAGAUGGUUGGUCUGUAAUGCUCAGGAUCCCAGAGAAGAAAAACCGCAUGUCCUCACGGCAGUGGGGGCCCAUCUAUCUGAGGCUGCAGCCAGGGGGCGUGCUGCAGAUGUAUUAUGAGAAAGGACUGGAGAAGCCCUACAAAGAGUUCCAGCUCCUCCCACAGUGCCGACUGUCAGAGCUGAAGUUAGAAAGCUACGGAGAACCACGUAAAGUCCUGACUGUGAAGGUGGAGCACUUCACAUACACAGAGAAGAAACGCUUCCAUCCCAAGCAAGAGGUCAGCCACGAGGCCGAGGUGGAGCAGCUGCUCAAACUGGGCUCCACAUCACACGACGACAUGAAGGACCUGGUGGUCUCCAUGGAGGAGGAGAUCUUUCAGCUCAAUAUCCCACACCAGCCCAGGCGGCACUACGAAGAGCAGGAGCUGUCCCUACAGAUCACGGACCACAUCUGGAUACAACUGGACAAGUCUGGGAACGUCAUGGAAAGGGCCGCUUUCACCCAGAUCCACUGCCUCGCCUUUUUGAAUGGAUUAUCUGAAUGUUUUCUGGCUCUCAAUGACCUGCUGCUGCAGCAGCAUAACCCCAGUUAUGAGUCAGAUGAGGCCAGUGAACUCUGGAUGGAGAUAGCUGACUGUCAUUUUCACAAAUGUGUGAAUGAGACAGAAUUUCACAUGUCCCGGCUGAUUAAGUUCACCCCCCCUGAUGCGUGCAGAGUGGAGCUGAUGCGCUUUAAGACCAUGAGUCUGGGCUGCACUGAAGCUCCCUUCUCAGUGAAAGCCGUGGUAACGGUGCAGGGGGCCUAUGUGGAGCUGCAGGCCUUUUUAAACAUGUCCCCAGCCUUCCUCAGCUCAGGCAUGGGUUUAUGUGACUCCUUUCCCCUGUGUGAGAAUGUACUGAUCCGAGUGCCAGUGCCUGGCGACUGGGUCAAAGUCACUCAGACUGUGGCCUUACUGCGACAAAGGUCCCUGAAGGCUCGCAUGAACAGAAACACCUGUUUAGCAGCAGGUACAGUGAACUCUCAGCCCGUCAUGCAGGUCUCCAUAGGAACCGUCAAAUAUGAGAAUGUGUACUCUGCCAUCGUCUGGAGGAUCGACAGACUACCAGCUAAAAAUACAGCAGUGGACCAGCCGCAUUCAUUCUCCUGUAAGCUGGAGCUGGGAUCUGAUCAGGAGAUCCCUAAUGACUGGUACCCUUUUGUCUCUAUGGAAUGUGAAAUUAUGGGGGCCGUAGUGUCACAAACCAGGGUCAAAUCUCUGGGCACAGCCAACGACAUCCAACCGCAGAAACACAUCACCAGUUGGACCCGUUACCAUGUUCAAGCUAAACUGUACCUGUCCAUCAUUGAUGAUGUGAUAGAGAGUAUGAGGGAGCUCUUUCUGGAUGAGGGCAUUGAAGACCGUGUUUUGGAUGAUUUAAGGCAUCUCUGGGAGUCAAAGAUCAUGCAGUCCAAAGCAAUGGAGGACUUCAGGAAAAACAACAUCAACUCCUCCAACUUUGUGCUGCAGCUCCCGGCCAGCUACACCCAGAAUGAACAAGAGAUUACAGCUUCAGUUCUGAUACCCCCAAGUCAAAAAGUUCACACCUAUCCAAUGAAGACCACUCCAGAGACCGUGGCUACCUUCUCUCUUCCUGCUGGUCUCACUUACCCAGUCCAAAUACCUGCUGGAGUCACACUGCAAACUGCCUCUGGUCAGCUUUAUAAAGUCAAUGUUCCAGUGGUGGUUACACAGACUCCAGCAGGACAGCAGUCUCUGCCCCAUCCUGCACAGAAAGUUCCUGCUCCUGCCCCUAAACCUCAACCUGCUCAAGUCAGAGUUAAUACUGCUCCUGUCCAUGAGGUGGCGCCAUCCACAGUAUCAAAGACUACUAUAUCAAAUCCCACACCAGUCCCCAUACCACUCCAAUCCAACCUAGCCCCAAUUCAAGAGGCUAUCCCACCUCAACAACGAGAAGUACCAGAAAUUAUAGAUGUUGAGGCUGCAGAUAUCCCAGAAUUCUCUUCUCCAGAGCUAGACAUCAAAGGUAAAAGCAGCGACCAGCCUGUGAAUCUAAGUAUGAACGAAUCGCCCAGUGAUGUACUAGACUUCCAGAUGAGCGCAAGCACCACCGACAUUGAUGACCUCCUCAAAGAGGUGAUUGAGAAGGAGAGGGAGAAGGUCAGGAACUUGGAUCCAACCAAAGCUGAUGAUGUCCUGGCGCUGGACCUGGAUUAUAGCGCACUUUCAGACAUUGUGCAGCUCGAUGGUACUGCUGACAACUCUGAGGAUGAAGAGGUGGCUGCUCUGGAGGAGAAUGACUUUUUGGGAAUAAUCAAUGCAGAAGCUAUAAAGGCCCUGCAGGAGGGAGACGCCAGCAGUGAUGGCAACAGCCUCUCCUCCAGCGACAGUGAAGUGGAAGACGAACUGGCUCAUGUCGAGGAUGAGGAUCCCUUAAAUUCAGGCGAUGACGUGAUUGAGCAGGACAUCCCAGACCUCUUUGACACCGAUAAUGUGAUCGUUUGCCAGUAUGACAAAAUCCAUCGCAGUAAGAAUCGAUGGAAGUUUCAUUUGAAAGAUGGAGUGAUAACUUACGGGGGCAAGGACUUUGUGUUUUCAAAGGCAGUAGGAGAGGCUGAGUGGUAAUGGCUCUGGUCUUUAGUCGACUGACCAGAUCAGAUGGAGGUGUCCAUUUAGUGAAGUCACUGAUUUAAAAGGUAAAACAAUCCUUAAAUGCAGGAGAUGCGUUUAUCUGCUCAAAGCAAUUUUCUGUUUAAAAUUCAUUAAUUUUGUCAGUAAUAACUUUUGAUUUGACUGAUUUUUGUUCUGGAAAAUGUAUCUUAAGUUUGUAACACAGCUGACAAUGUGUUUUGUCUUCUCAUAACUAAAACAAAAUGGAUUUUUGUUUAGCCUUGAAAAUAUUUGUACUAAA